GAAUGUUGAGAGCUGUACUUUUGAGUGCCUCCAUCUCCUCCAGGAAACAAAUUCUGAAUAACAGAUUGAAAUUACAGUGUAGCAAAGUUUUCCUCAAAAUGAACGAACUGUGAUUCUAAAAAAAGAAAAGAAUGGACUGUGCUGGGAUACGUUCAUAAUAUUCUCUUUCUUUCCUUUUAGAUGACUUGAAUCAUGAAGCUUCUGGAUCAUUUCUGGAUGCAACCACAUCACCCUCCUCAACCCAUUUGUUUGGCGGCUUCCAUAUGACAGACUGGAAUCCAGCUUCUGUAGUCCAAUCAGAUCCCACAGGCUCAUCAAAGGGUAGCAGGGAACAACCUGCAUUUUCCUCUGUACUCACAUUACUUGCCAGCACAGCCCAAAAGCCUCCCAAUCUCUCGUCAAAAGUUGUUGCACGUGACAAUGAAACACAUCAAUGGCCUUCAAAUGGAUCUUUGGAACGAGUGGAGCCAUUUACUCUUCCAUCGUCUGUGCUGGUCAGCAACCAAUCCAACAACUCAGAGUUUGUGUGGAUAUCUGAGCUGGUGGCACCUGCAGCCACAUCCAGAGCUGCAGACCCUGAUGCUAGAAGAUUGAUUUCACCUGAACAGAAAAACACUGCUGCUCCUAAUAGAUCUUCAGCUACAUUUGUGGACACACAACGAGAACGACCAGCCAUUGCAACAACUAUUGGAUCUCAACCUACAAUAUUUUACAGCAAUACUGUUACCACAACCAGCAUCCCCUUUACAACAACCACAAACCAGAUUAGCACUACCCAAUCAUCUGCUGCUAAACGACACUCCAAAACACCUAGGACAACUAUAAGAACUACAACUACACAAUCUCCAAAGACAACAUCUAGAAUCCUGCCUGACUCCACCUCACAGAGUGCUAAGUUGGACCCUUCAAAAAGCACUUUAGGAACUCCAAGAGCUGCUGUAACUGAGGCCUCAAUGCUAAGAUGUAACAUCACUGACAAGAUGUGGAUAAAAACAGUGUUGACCAUACAGUUACGAAGGAGUCGUCUAGACAGUAUUUUGAAGCAGAAUCUCCCUCGAGGGUUUACUCAAGCUCUGAAGAAGGCCUUGAACGACAGCACAGUUCAGGCUAAGAUUGAGAGUAUCUCUAGUGUUCCCAAUGUGACGGUCGGUUACUAUGUGACCCAUGGAGAGAUGGUGUACACUGCAUCGGUGGUGGUGGAUGCUCUAAGUGUCUAUGGUAUUGAGAGAUUGAUGGCAGACAUCCGGCAGUUUGUGCCACUGGUGCAGGCAAUUCCCAUCCCAGCAGUCCCCUGGAGACCCAGCCCUGCCAUCUCAAUGAUGCUGAAGACAGUUCUGAGGUUUGUUGGGCCAGAAGAUGACCUCAAGUCCUGCAGAUUUACUCAGAUGAUGGAGCAGAGACUGGAGAAUGCUUUUGCUGAAGCAGAGGCCAUAGUGAUGAACUCACACAGCGGUCUCACUGUACAGAUCUUGAGCACAACACAGUCUGUGGGUUCUCCUGCUGUAUCUCUGAUAUAUGUGGUGCAUAAUGGCAGUGUCACUCUCAAUGGCACAACUGCCAGUAACCUUCUCAGCCAACUGACUGCUGAGCUUGUUGGUUACUUCCUGUUUUACCCUCCACUGAUCACAGCUGAGCCUAUGGAAUACCAUAACCUUAACACAUCUGUAGCAACCAGGCCAUUUUGGAUAAUCACAGUGAUUCAGGAUGUGGAAAACUCCUCUCUAGAAGGACAGUAUCACAGUUUUGCUAGUCUGAUGGAGGAGCGGUUGGCUGAGCUCUUCAUGGCGGCUCACCAGCAAGGUGUUCGCUUCAAGCGGGCAACAACAGUGGGCAGUUACACCGUCCAGAUGGUUAGUAUCAGGCGUGUACAUGGUCCAAAAAACCCAGCUGAGAUGACCUACUAUGUCCAGCAAAAUGGGACCCCACUGCUUGGCACAUCUGCAGCCAAGCUUCUAAACACAGUGGACUCGCAAACCAUGGCGCUCACACUGGGAUACUUUGUCCAACUGCAGGCUGAAGCCGUAGUGAAGAAUCCACCCAACAACCUGUGGAUCAUCGCUGCAGUGCUAGCACCCAUCGGCGUGGUGACCCUCAUCAUCAUCAUCAUCACCACGGUGCUGUGUCACAAAAACAAGAGCGAUUUCAAAACUGAUCCCAUUGGAAACUUCAACCCUCGAGUAAAGACUGCUUACUGGAGAGACGUGGGUUAUUACCCUCAGGUAGAUAUUCAGCUCUUCAAUCAUCUCACCUGCUGCUCUGGACUCCUGAUGUGCACACACUGUUAUGGAUGAUGUGUAGAGUAGACAGGUCUCAGGGACAAUGUACUAAUGAUCGUGCACAAUUAAAGGGUUAGUUCACCCAAAACAGUCAAAUUAUUUCGUCAUUAACUCACCUGUGUGUCAUUCCAAACAUGUAAGACUAUAUUUAUUUUGUGGAACAUAAAAGGAGAUGUUGAGUGAAGUGUGCUGGCUGCUUUUUCCAUACAAUGAAAGUAAAUGAAGACAGGAAUGUAAAAAAAAAAAAAAAAAAAAAAAAAAAAACGAGCACUUUACUUUCAUUGUUUGGCAAAGAGCAGCCUUGACAUUCUACAAAACAUUUAGAAAUUUGUACAGAUUUUGAAUGACAUGAUAUGGUAUGAUAUUAAAUGAACUGAACAACAUUUUGUGUGAACUAUUCCUAUGAACAUUGUCAAUAGUAUACAUAUAUAUAUUUUUUUUUUCUAGAUUAGGACCUGAUUUUAUGUGUGUGUAUUCCUUUGCGUGCUUGUAUGCCUAAACAAGCUGAAUAUUUUAGAAAUAAGGUCAGAAAUUCUCUUAUGAUUUAGUUGGAAGUAGACUAGCAGGACUGUGGAAGGGACAAAAACCUCUUUGUUAUAAAAUGCAUUUAAUACAUCAAUUGUGUAAAACCAUAAGACAUCUAUCCACCUCUCUAAAAGAAAUGCAGACAGCAGCACUUAUUAAAAAAUGUCAGAUAUGUCUUAUUUAUUAGGUAUAAUGAUCUGACCUGCAUUUUCCCCAUAUACACCCUCUGGCCUAGUUUAUCAUUUGCUAUGACUGACAAACUGCUGCCUUUUGCCUGGCCAUUAUGGAAUGCCUCCUUGCCUUCAGUUAUACAGUAACUGAGGAUUUGUUAUUUGCAAAACAUGUGCAGUGUAUUAUAAUUGUUAUUAGAAUAUAUCUGCAGGGCUGCAUAGCCAUUCUUUACAUUAGUUUUCCAAAAAGCAUUGCCAGGCCAAGUUUUUGGACACUUUUUGAACCAAUAACUCAUCAGGUUUUUAUUAUUAUUAUUUUUUUAAACAUAUCUUUAUUGAUUUGAUAUUCUGAAAUGAACUUAACUGAGAUAUUACUUGCUUUGUUUAUGUCAAUCCACCUAUUUUAUUAUUAUUAUUUUUUUUCAGUGGAUUAUCCUAAUGGUUUAUUUCAAAUUAAUCUGUUUCUGUUAUAUAUAAUAAUAAUAAUAAUAAUAAUAAUAAUAAUAAUAAUAAUAAUAAUAAUAAUAAUAAUAAUAAUAAUAAAUAAUCAGCUCCAACUAGUUGUAAAAUUAAGAGAUGGGAUUGCUUAGAAUUUGUGACAUUUAAGUGUAUUUAAAUAUAUAGACCUUUAUAUUUUUCUGUAUUUAGAUUCUCGGCACACAACUUUAGUAGGGGCAAAAUAGUUCUGAGAUUAAAAUAAGCUUCAAUGACAAUAACAGAAAACAUCUAGUUAAGUGGUAAACAAGUAAAUACUUACAACACAUACUUGCUUCCCCGGUAAACUAUCAACCCCAGAAUGCUGUCCUGGCAUUGCUCUCCAGAAACUGCUGAGACUCAAUAAAACUGUGGCUGGAUAAUGUCACAAGAGACAACAGACAAAAUGUCUGAGAUAAAUUUUGCAGGACUGCUUUGCAACGGAACAUAGUAGCAUUGUUGCCACACUGUAAAAUAACUAGUUUAGAGAUAGUCUUGUAUAUUAAGGUGGUAUUUAUAUAUGGCAUGACCACAAAAAUGAAAGAUUAGAGUCUAAAUUAAGGAUUAAAAGUGUUCAGAUUUAUUCAUGUCAGUCAUAAUUUAAGUAUUUAAAUAGCCGAUUAUCUCAUUCAUGUGACAGCAUCAUCCUUAAAUUACAUUUUUUAUAUUUAAAUAAAUUCAUUAACAUUCCCCACAGACUACGUAAUUAAUCAGAAUUUAAGUAAAGUCUCAUCUUUAAGGCCCUCCAUUACUAAAUCUGUUUACCUUCAUUAGAUCUAAGGAUUAUAUUAACAUUUGAACUGUUGAACUUUCCUUGGUCCAAUCCAAUGCAGUCAGAUUUUGCCAGUCAUUUAAAUGAGUUCUUUAUUUGAAUGAAAUUAAAUAUGGUACCACACAAACCCCAUUUUAGCUAUGCAACUAUUUCACUUGAAACCAAUGUUCAUAGGAUACUAACACAUUUUUAUUUUAAUAGAGCAGUCAUGUUUUUGACAAUGCAUAUACUUUUCAAACACAGGUGCAUCUCAAUAAAUAAAUCUUCAAAAUGGUCUCUCAGUUUGGCUCAAUAGGGUACACAAUCAUGGGGAAGACAACUGACAGUUGUCCAGAAGACAAUCACUGACACCCUUCACAAGGAGGGUAAGCCACAAACAUUAAUUGUCAAAGAAGCUGGUUGUUCAAAAAGUUCUGUAUCCAAGCAUGUUAACAGAAAGUUAAAUGUAAGGAAAAGGUAUGGAAGAAAAAGAUGCACAACCAAGCAAGAGAACCACAGCUUCAUGAGGAUUGUCAAGCAAAAUCGAUUCAAGAAUUUCAGUGAACUUUACAAGGAAUGAACUGAGGCUGGGGUCAAGGCAUACAGACGUGUCAGAGAAUUUGGCUACAGUUGUCAUAUUCAUCUUGUUAAGCCACUCCUGAACCACAGACAACGUCAGUGGCAUCUUACCUGGGCUAAGGAGAAGAAGAACGGGACUGUUGCCCCGUGGUCCAAAGUCCUCACCAGACCUGGGCUCGGUUCCCCAAAACAUUCUUAUCGCUAAGUAGUUCUUAACCUAUUCCUUAACCUCUCUCUUAACCUUAUUGCACAAUUCCCGAUAUGUUCGUACUCUAAGUAUAUCUUCUGUAAGUCACACUUUCGUAAGGUUGGUCUGGACCAUAUGUAAGCUCUCUCUUAGCGUUGUUUGAGCUCAGGACGCUAGUCUUUAGAAAUCAGCGCAGCGCAGUACAAGUUAGACAAUGUAUGUUGACAAUGUUGUGGCUCAACAAUGAUUUUAUGUUAUUGACAUUUUAAGACUAAUAAUAAAAUACGUUCGCAAUGGAUACAGGCCUAUUUAUGAAGUUGACUUAAUUUGGUAUCAAAACUAAUAUGGUGGUAAUUAGCCUAUAGCUAUUUCGUAAUGUCUUUAAAGCGAAUUGAUCACUUUUGAUAAUGAAAAUCUGGCAAACAAUUUGGCUCUAAAUGGCUAAUCUAUCUACUAUAAAUAGGUAAGCAUGCUGGUGUCCAGUAAGCGACCAACUAUGGCAGCGAUCCAAUGUGUUCUUGCCGCCGAGCCAUUUAGUCCAUGUCAAUUUAUUUAUUUAUUUUUUUGUCAAAACUUAAGCCCUUUUGACAUUUUGCCUGACGUGGCUAUAUAUAUAUAAAUAUAUAUAUAUAAAAAAAAAAAAAAACAUUUGCCUUCCAAGUCAACUCAUUAUGGAGCUGCUGGACCUUCUCAGACAUGCGCUUGCCAGGCUAACGUGGCGGAAUUUCGCUUUAAGCCCUGAAGUCCAGCUGCUUGAGGCGCUAAGGUUUAUUGCUACAGGGAGCUUCAUCGAGGUUGUUGGAGAGGGCUACAGACUAAGCUAGGUGCCAUUUUAUAUGUUGCUUCCCGACCAUAUUCUGUAUCUUACUCUCGCUCUCUUUUUAUUGAAAACAUUAACAAAAUGGCAAUCAAUACCGCAUUAAACAUAAGUAACUGCAGCUGGUUGCCAAUCAGUUCUGAUUGUAAAGUAUCUUUCCAUUAAUAUAAUGUAUUAAAUCAUUUUUAGAAGUCGUUAAACCCAUGUUAAGAAGCGGCACAAGUGGCACAAUGGGAUAAGGAGGGUGGAUGAUUAGCGAGGGAUACCCGGUUCGUCUAACCGUCACAACAUAUCGUAUGAACAUAUUACUGACCAUUUGAUAAUUACAUUUAUAUUUUAUAUUUUACUGAUAACUUAAACUAUGUUAAAAUACAUGUUACUGUAAUAAUUUGAAGAAUGUUUCAUUUGCAUAGAACGUAUUGUCUUUCUUAACGCUGUAAUGCACCUUCGCAUGAAGUGGAAAAUCGAUUCCUGAGCAAUCGAUGCCAACUAAUUCAGCACCUUCACUUGGGACAGCGCCCUUGUGACGUUGAACGUA